GCCAUAGAGUUGGCCCGAAAGUGCACCGUCAGUGCCGAUAGUCUGCUGUUACACACCGGCGUACUUAGCGAUGAAAGCGGCGCCUCCGGUGUGAGCGGCGAAGAAAGUACUGAUAUUAGGUCCGCUUCUACACUCAAGCCGUCGCUGUCUUACAUUCCCGGACAACGAAGAAUUAGCGGAAGUAUUAGUUCAGACCAUAUUCAUCAACCAUCAAAGAGCGAACAAACAAAAAGCCGAAGAAGUGUUUCUCCCAAACCAUUGACCACUCGUAAGACAACGACUCCAGAACCGGAGCCCUCGGCGCCGGGAACCAGCGCUUCCACUUCAUCUGCACGUCGACGGAAAGGAAGUAUGGCUUUCGUGAGCUCCGGGAAGAUUGCAAAACUGCUCAGAAGGACACACAGCGCCGGCUGCUCUAAAGAUGUGCCCUCUUAUGCCCUAUUCCUCAGUGAAAAGCCUUCU